CUUAAACCCUACCCUGGCUGGGUUCCAUUGUUUUCUCCCUUCAAAUACCGUCGGCUCUACAAACUGUCUCCGUUCCGAUGGCUUUAGCUUCCAGGUUCCGCCGCGUCUUCACCGAACCUUCCUCUCUUUGUUUUCAAUUCUCUUCGCUUCGUCUAAAUUCGACUCUCACUGCCCCCAAGCUCUUCAUUAGCGGUCUUUCAAAAGAAACAACAGAUGAACAGUUUAAAGAAGCAUUUAACCCAUUUGGCCAGGUUGUUGAAGCCAAAAUUAUAAGAGAUAGAGCCUCAGGAAGGUCAAGAGGGUUCGGUUUUGUUACGUAUACGUCCAUCGAAGAAGCUGAGAAGGCUAGAGAAGAAAUGAAUGCUAAGUUUCUGCAUGGAUGGGCUAUUUUCGUAGACCCUGCCAAACCAAGGUAAUUGGGACCUCCGCUGAGAUUAGAAUCCUAAUCUUCUGAAACAGGUUUAGGGUAUUUCAGUUAAACGAUGAGCCAAUGAGGGAUUCAAUUAAAUUCGACAAAGUUAAAAUACAUACAAUGGAUGUUGAAAUCUAUGAUCCCUUCAUUCAGGAUGGGAAUCUUUUAUUUGUAC